CACUCGUUGACUAUUAAGUAUUAAGAAUCAAAACAGUGAGGCAGAGGGAGAAAGAGAGAUAGAGAGAGAUGGGAUUACAUACGAUGCAGCAGCAGCAGCAGCAGCAGCAGCAGCAGCAGCUCCCCAUGGUUAAUCUCUCCGGGCUGAAUCCCAGCCAGCCCCACAGCAGUGACUGGGACGCUGCGCGCACGGCAGUGUUCCAGGCACUGGAGAAGUUCGGCUGCUUCCAGGCUGUGUACGACCGGAUCACGCCGGAGCUGAAAGGUUUGAUCUUUCGUGAGGCGAUGGAGGAUGUCUUCAGUCUACCUCUAGAGACUAAAAUGGGCAACAACCCCAAGUUUCCCUUAGGGGGAUUCAUCGGCAAUCUCCCAGACAUGACCUUUGAGAGCCUCCGGGUGGAUGAGGCUCCGGCCUUGGAUGCCGCCGAGAGGUUCACACACCUCAUGUGGCCGGAGGGCAACCCUAAAUUUUGCAACAUAGUGUGGAGUUUCGCCAAGAAGUUACAGCAGUUGGAACGAAUGGUUAUGAGGAUGAUUUUACAGAGCAUGGGUGUUGAGAAGCACAUGGAUUCUUUCACUGUGGAAUCGAAUUGCGGGCUGCGAUUAUCAAAGUAUUGGAUUUCUCCGGAUCAAUGUGUCAAGAGCGGAAUGGGUUCUCAUACUGAUGUGAGCUUUUUAACCAUCGUUUGCCAGCAUGAAGUCCAAGGGUUGGAGGUGCAAACUACAGAAGACUCUUGGAUAACUGUUAUGCCAUUACCAAACACUUACACUGUCAUGUUGGGGGAUGCCUUGGAGGCUUGGACAAACGGAAGACUGAAAGCUCCUGUGCAUAGGGGUGACAAUUACAAGCAAGGAGACAAGAUACUCUGUCCUUUUUGGGUCUCGACCAAGGGAUGGGGGCUCUGUGCAAACCCCGGAGGAGUUGGUGGAUGAAAGCCAUCCUUUAUUGUUUAGGCCAUACAAUUAUAGUGAAUACUUAAAAUUCAGGUUUUCUGAAGAAGGGACGAAGGCAAAGAAUGCAUUGAAGGCAUUUUGUGGUGUUGGAGAAGUGGAAAAAGAGUAGUGCUGUCAAUUUUAGAUUUUCUGAAGGAAGAGAGAAAGCCGAAAAUGACUCGAAGACAUUUUGCUAGUUUCCGGAGGUGGAGAAAAGUAAAGUCUAAUUUAUUUUCCAUCUGAUAUUGUGAUGUUGUGCAUGGAGAACUGCUACUGUUGUACUAUUAUAAGUUGAAGAUACUUGUU